CCUCUGUAUAUAAACUCAACCGCCACCUUCUCUAAACUCCCUCAAUUUUUCUCUACUCUUCCGCCUAAUUUCUCCACACCCACAAAAUUCUUGAUCAUAUUCCCCAAAUGGGUUCUGGGUUUUCUUUCUUUUCGCCACCUCCAACGCCGGCGCCGGGGACAAAUCUCGGUGACUUGCCGGAAAGUUGUGUAGCUGCAAUUCUUGAAAACAUGCCACCACAACAGAUUUGUAAGCUGGCUGUUCUCAGUAAGGCUUUUCGAGGAGCUUCUUCUGCAGAUUUUGUGUGGGAAUCUAAGCUUCCUGUGAAUUAUAAAGAGAUUUUUAUGAGAUUGUUUGGUGAUUUUGAUGAUGGAUUGUGUAAGAAGGAUCUUUAUGCUGUGUUAUGUAGGCCUAAUUGUUUUGAUGGAGAUCACAAGAAAGCUUGGUUAGAUAAAACUUCUGGGAAGAUGUGUUUGGCCAUUUCUUCGAAUGGAUUAUCGAUUACUGGGAUUGAUGAUCGGAGAUACUGGAAUCGAAUUUUUACGGAUGAGUCCAGAUUUGGCACGAUUGCAUAUCUCCAGCAGACGUGGUGGUUUGAAGUCAGUGGCGAGGUUGAGUUUCCUCUCCCAGCUGGAACCUAUAGCCUAUUCUUCAGAUUGCAGCUAGGAAAGUCUACCAAAAGAUUUGGUCGACGGGUCUGCAACUCUCAAAAUGUCCAUGGUUGGGACAUUAAGCCCGUGCAGUUCCAGCUAUCAACCUCAGAAAAUCAAAAUCUACGAACCACUUCAUCUUAUUUGCGUGAACCAGGAAACUGGAAUUACUAUCAUGGCGGAGAUUUUGUUGUAGAAAAUUCAGGGAAUCCAGCAAAAAUCAAGUUUUCAAUGAUGCAAAUUGAUUGCACGCACAAUAAAGGUGGCCUUUCUGUCGAUUCUUUACUAAUAUAUCCAGCUGAGUUUAAGGAGAGGUUAAAGCGUUUUUGAUUGCUAAUUAACCUGUUUUUCGUAGAAAUUUAGAUAUAUUAAGAUAGAAAAUUAAAGGUGGAGAAGUUUUUGCUUUCAGAACAAUAAUUUUUUUUUGUUAUGAGGCCUGGGAGAUCAUUUUCUUAUGUACAGUUUGAAAUCUGAUCUGUGUAUUUUCUCUGAAGAACACUGUAUUUAUUCCUAUAUUUGUAACUGUAGUGAAGGAUAAUGAAGUGUUAUUUCAAUCCUAAACAAUUGCUUACUGCUUA